AUGCCCAUCCUCAAGCAAUCUCCCGUUGCCCACUCCAAGAAGCGGCCCCGCCUGGAUCGGGCCAUGAUCAGCGCCCCUUUGGGGGACUUCCGGCACACCAUGCACAUCGGUCGGGGCGGAGAUGCUUUCGGGGACACGUCUUUCCUCAGCAACCACGGGGGCUCCAAGGCCAAUGGGCUGGCCCCGGACGCCUCCGGAUCUCCAGAGCGCCUCUCCAUUUCUGGAGCGGAUUCUGGCCAUUUUGAACUGCUGUCUCCCCCGGGUAGGGGCGGGAACGGAGUCCUCCCGAGCCCAGCGACGUCCACCCCAGACGGAAGCUACGUGGUAAUGGGGGAGCCGCAGCCACAGGCAUCCCCUAAUGGAGCCGACUGGGACCUGCAUGAGAAGAUCUCCCUGGAGAGCCCCACUCUGGAUUAUGGCGAGUCCUUCCUCUCCUUCCAGUUGGAUCUCGGGCCUUCCAUCUUGGAUGAGGUGCUGGGAGUGAUGGAUAAAGACUGGGGAGGUUUCAAGGACCUGGACCAGGGACCGCUGAGGAACGAAAGCGCGACCCCGGUGGGACACCACCUUCACCACCCUGUUGACGACGCGGACGACGAGGAAGAUGAUGACGAGGAUGACAUGGGGCAGGGAUACAGCUUUGAGGACGAGCAGGACGAAGAAAUUGGGCUAUAG